GGUUUUUAGUCAAGAAAGAGCCACGAGGAAGAGACAUUGUGUUCUUGCUGGAUGGAUCUGAUGGUACUCAAACUGGAUUCUCAGCUAUGCGUGACUUUGUCCAAAGAAUAGUUAAGACAAUGAGUGUGGAUGACAACAGAGACCGUGUCUCAGUGGUCCAAUACAGCAGGGAUCCAUCCGUCCACUUCUAUUUGAACACUUACACAACCAAAGCUGAGAUCCUUAACACUGUCAGAGGACUGAGGCAUAAGGGGGGAAGACCUCUCAACACUGGAGCAGCUCUCCAGUACUUGAGGGAUAAUGUCUUCACAGCCCCUGCUGGAAGCAGGAGCCUGAAAGGAGUUCCACAAGUCCUAAUCUUGUUAAAUGGUGGAAGGUCUUUUGACAGUGUUGACGCACCAGCCUCUGCCCUGAAACAGAUGGGUGUCUUGAUAUAUCCAAUUGGAAACAGGGGCUCUGACAGCAGAGAACUGCAGAAGAUAUCCCAUGAUCCCCGUUCAGCUGUAACUGUGACCGAAUUUACUGACCUUCCAAGUGUCCAACAGCAAAUUGAAUCCUCCUUGGGGGUUGUGGUGACUGACAUCAUUCCAGAACCAACAACUGUAUUUGUUCAACCUGACAUGGUCAAAAAGGAUAUUGUAUUCCUUCUGGAUGGUUCAGAUGGCACAAGGAAUGGCUUCCCUGCUAUGCGAGAUCUUGUUGAGAGAGUGGUGGAAAAAGUCAAUGUGGGAGAAAACCAUGACCGUGUCUCCGUUGUCCAGUACAGCAGAGAUACAGAAGUUCAUUUCUACUUGAACACCUACAAAACCAGAGAGGAUGUUGUUGAUUCAGUGAGAGGGCUGCAACACAGAGGAGGCAGACCCCUCAACACUGGAGCAGCCUUGCAAUACCCCUCUGCGCUCAAACAGCAGGGCAUCUUUGCAGUUGGCAUUGGAACAAGGACCUCUGACAGCAGAGAACUGCAGAAAAUAUCAUAUGACCCAACGUAUGCCCUCUUAGUUUCUGAGUUCAAUGACCUCCCCGAUGUCCAAGAACAGCUCUUUUCUGUUUUGAGUACAAUGCCAGCAAGGGUCACACCCAUGCCACCAACUGUUAUUGAACGUUGGAGCAGCAAACGUCCCCAUGUGCGUGAUUUGGCUUUGAAAAUCAUUGAGCCCCUUGAUGUGGGCAGGGACACAAUUCGGGUUGCCUUGGUCCUGUACAGCACCGAUCCAGACAUAAAGUUCUAUCUCAAUAGCUAUGACACCAAAGCUGACAUCCUGGAUGCUGUAAAGGGCCUCACCUUCACAGGGGGAGAUGAAUCUAACCUGGGUGCUGCCUUGGAAGAAGUGGCCUCAAGCCUCUUGGGCCAAACAGCUGGAGGCAGGGCAGAGGAAGGUGUGCCCCAGGUGUUGGUGGUAAUCAGUGCCGGGCCAUCCACUGAUGAUAUUGGUUUUGGUGACCGGGCCCUUAAGAGGGCAGGUGUUCUCACGUUCAGCAUGGCGAUUGGUGAUACAGCCGCUGCAGAUCUGGAAGUAGUCGCUACAGAUACAAGUUUUUUUCUGUCAGCCACUGAUUUCAGAUCACUGGGAAGCAUGAGUGUCCAGAUCCUUCCAUACAUAAUCGGGGUGGCACAGCGAACCAUUAUAGUUCAAACUGAGUUCAAAGAAGCGUUGGCUAUUGGAAAAAGAGACAUAAUUUUUCUUAUUGACAGUACAAUGGGUGCAACACUCAUUGGCUCUGUGCGCGAGUUCAUCAAGCGGUUUGUUGACAACAUGCCAAUUGCUCCUGACCAAGUUCAAGUGGGAAUAGCAACAUUCAGCGACACUGCACGGAUAGAGAUGGAUCUCAACACCCAUGGAUCCAGGGAGAGUUUAACAGCUGCUUUGGGCAGAAUCAAACCAAAACAAGCACAGACAAUUAACAUUGGAGCUGCCUUGGACUUUGUGCGGCUGAUAUGGUGCGCCCUGAAAAGGGCAGUCGUCUUCAACAGGGAGUACCCCAAAUUGUAG